CAACCCCGCCGCCGCAUCGCCGGGAGGGGGGGGGGAAAUCGAGCUUUCGUGCCUCCGGGCACCGUCGCAACACAAACCAACAAAAGAUGCCGGAAGCGGAACCACCCAUGCAAAAGAAAACCAAGGACCCCAUGGCGGUGGACGUCCCCGAUGGAAUGGACGCGGGAGAUGCUUUGAUCGCGAUCCGGUUGCUCUACACGGCGGAUCAGACCUACCGUUCCGUCCUCCGGGAUUUUGCGAGGUUCGAGCGGGGGGAGAGUCCCGGGCCAGCGCCGGGCACCGCAUCGCCGACCGACCACACCAAACGAAAGAGAUUGCGAAACCGCGCAAGCCAAAGCACCGGCAGCGAAACACACAGGGAUGCCCAGAGCAACCACGAAAGGGAGAGACCCGGUCGGAUCACCCACCUGCACGUCACGAGCAUCUCCUCGGUCUUUCUCCCGUCCUGGGACCUCUCGGCGGCCGACGUCACCGGGCUGAGCUGCCUCCGGACCCUCCGACUCGACGGGUGCGACUCGGUCCCGUCCGAGGUCUUUUUCGGCCUCCCCUGCCUGGAGCACCUGAGGCUGGCCCACUGCGGCGAGCUGCGGGACCCGGUGUCCGCCGAGGAAUCCCACCGGGAGGAGCUCAAGCGCGGGAGYCGGUCUCGGGCGAGCCCGAUCGAGCGGCUCGAGGUCCGGGGGGGAGGCCUCGGGGGGGAGGGCUUCGCGUCGGCCCUGGGGGUCCUCCUCCCGUGGGUGUCGGAGACGCUGGUGUGCCUCCGGCUCGCCAAGGUGGCACCCUACGGCGGGAGCGGCCGCCGGUCGGUGGCGGMAYCGGUCCGUUCGCCGGACCAGCGGUGCCCMKGGGCCCUCCUMCGGUCGGCCCUCGCCUCSCUCGCAAGGGGCCCWKGCCCGGAUUCCCUUUCCMRCGGCCCGGCCCUGGAGGAGGUCUCCCUGGCCGUCCCGCCCCUGGAUCCGGUGGAAUUCCUGCGGGGGGUCGUCCCCCUCUUUCCGAGGCUCGAGGCGGUCCACCUCCCGGGGCACGGGCUCGCCGACCUCUCGGGGUUCCCCUCCCGGCUUGGGCCUCCCGGCGGCUCCGUGCUKGCAUCGCGGCUGCGCCGGCUGGUCCUGGGGCCGUCUUCGGCCCGCCGAACCAAGACCCGGGGCAGCGGGGARCCCGCCGGGACCCCAGGGGGGACCCCRCCGGCCACCGACGACCGGGAGGUCCUCCUGGCCCUCCUMRGGGGCUUUCCCGAGCUGACCCGCGUGGGCGGAGCGCCCUCCCCCGGCGGGGCCUGGAUUCCCUGYACCAAGCGCCGGUGYCMRGGUUUCCCCGGCUCCCGAAGGCCGCUGCCCUGCCCGGUCUGCAAGGGGGACCUCCUCCUCCCUGGUUCCGUGGGCCCCCGGGGGUUCGAAGCGCAAGGGCCGGCACUUCCGCGGAGAAAAGGGGCCCCCACCCUCGACGACAAGGUCGAGGCCCUCCUCCUGGCCAACCACUCGGGCCGCUGCCUCACAAAGGGCCUCUCCGAGCCGCAUGGUCGUGUUGGCGGAAGAUCCCCCUUCCGGCGCCCACCGCUCCCCCUCUCGGUGUGGCCGCUGGUCCUGGAGCGGGCCUGGAAAAAGCCGCCCCCCGGGGGCAGGGGGCCCUGCGGGUGCCCCUGGUCGGGGGUGGCCGGCCGUUCCACGGCCGCGGUUGCGGGCGCCAUCUUUGGGCUCCUGAGGGACGGGCCGGUCGUGGAAUCCCUGGCGGGAUCGCCGCGGCACCCACACCAGCAGCACCCACACCAGCAGCACCCACACCAGCAGCACCCACACCAGCAGCACCCACACCAGCAGCACCCACACCAGCAGCACCCACACCAGCACCACCACCAGUAGCACCACCAGUAGUAGCACCACCAGCAAGGACAAAGAAGCAGCAAGAACAAAGAAGCACCGGUGGCCACGAGCCCGGUGCCGUGCCCGGCAAGGACGCUAGUGUAGCGAGA